UUCACUAUGCCCGGGCCCAAACUCCGUUGAAUUUUCAUCAACUCGCUGCCUAUCUGUGCUUGCUGCAACAGCGCAACGACUUAUUUGCGGUCGAUUGUACUAAUGUCGCGGACGAACACGCGGACGAGGAUCACAGUCGCGUGGCACCGAACAACUACGUUGGCAACGAUGCGGCUGCAGCAGAAGGCGGCGCAGCCCCUACUGGCAACGGCAAAAACACCACAGCCGCUACAGAGCUCCAACACGACAAGCCCUCCACAAGACGAGCGCAAGGACAUCUCAUUUCGAAGGAAGAAGCGGCGGCCCAGUUCCACCGCCGCGCCUUACUUCGCGAGGCUGGAACCGAAUCCCGAAAAACCCGCUGGCUAUGGGCGAGUCUCGGGAUGAUUGUCGGCCAGGUCCUGGUUUUGAUUGCCGUCUACGGUGCCGUGCGGCAGCUAUCCUGUGCAAAAGUAUCGUAGUCGUAUUAAUUGCAAAUAUGCAUGACAAAUCUCCUUCCUGAGGUAAAACAGCAUUACAAAUUCCACUUUUCCUCUGAACAAAAUUUGUGAUGCAAUUUAUACUAGUGCGAUACUUUUGCAAUGCAUAGCAGCCUGCGUGUAGCAAGUUCUCCGCGGACGUGUGCCCGUUGGGGACGUGGUGUCGGGAGAAACAGGGCAUCUGCAUGUGGUGUGCAUUUUGGUAUCGGUCGAUGUGCGAAGAAUUUCUCACAACCAACUCGUGGCGGGAGCACGUUGUGGAUUGGUACAAUUCCACGACGAGUGGAACAAGUGCAACAUCGUCGUCCACUUCGGUGUUGCAAUUAUCUUCAACAGAGGAGUUCCACUUGUCCACGACCUAUUUUACCCCCCGCAAAAAGCAGGCGGAUGUCGUAAACAACCGAGAGAAGGAUUCUCUCUCCAUCGCUCUCGACGGGACGGAGGGCACGGACCUGCCGGGUAUGUGUUACGGCUGCAUGCGGGCGCUUCACGAACCAGAUCUGAAUCGAGUGAGCGUGAACCGUCCGGCCGAUUUUGCGGGCUUUAACGCAAAGCGACAGUUCAUCACGACGGAGAAUGCGGACGUGUUGAAUGUGCAAGAGCUAAACCGGGACGCUUACCUUGUCAUUUUCGCGAGUUCGUUAAUCGUUGCCUUGGCCAUCUGCCGCGAGCUGAAGGACGUGCAUUUGUGUCGUUUAAUGAUACUGCGUCACGAUGAAGAUGUUGAUCAUGAUGCGCGAGCACUAUCGACGUCCCCUGGAGGUUCUUCAUCCUCGUCCAGAGUCAACAGGUUCAUUCUGCUCGCCGGGUGCUACUUUCGCCGCUUCGGGUUAGUCGCUUUGGUGACGAUGUCCAUUCCAGCGCUGAUUACUCAUCGCGGCCGGGACGCGUUGGCGAUUUGUGUGAACGCGGUGGCGAUUUUAUUCCUCCUCGAGAUCGACAAUUUUGUGUACGAUUUCCUGAUUUCGGAGAAACUAACCGGCAGCUUCGAAAUCGCCACGCGGCUGGAUCUGCACCUGACGCCGCAAGACGCGAUGCAGUUGCGCGUGCAAAAGCUGACGCAUUUGUGCUUUAUUCCUUGCGCAGUCCUCGUGAAUCUCGGCCUGGUUGGGACAACCUACGACACCUGGGCCAUACCUGGGCACGCGGGUGGGGCCGUGAAAGAGUGGGCGAUUCUGGCGAUCACAAUAGCCAUGGCCACGGCGUUUCCGGCACUGAUAGAAGACAUCGCAGUUGAGAAGAUGGCUGCAACUGUUGAACCUCCUGAUGGGGCUUCCACACCGGUAAAAGAUAUUGGGCAACCUUACGCAGCCGGGGCUCCAACGCCAGAGAACAAGGGAUCAGCUGACGCAGCAGCAGACGUUACUACAGUUCAGACGGCGACGAGGUCUACCAGUCGUACACGCUUCGAGGUCCUUGUUGCGAACUCCGCUCUAAAGCACCUGCUGGCCUUUCUCGGCAGAUUACUGUUUGGCUUUGUUACAGUCGCCAUUGCGAGUUUUCUAACAUGGGCAAGGUAAGUAGGAAUAACCGCAUUAGUACCACAUAGCUUGGACACCACGACGUUUGAGAGAGAAAGGCAGUUGAGCCGCUUUGAGGUGCCACUGUUUGGAGUAAACCUGAAUUCGCC